AUGGAGCCUCGAAGUAGAUCUUUCAUUUACCUCUCUUCUUUCCUCUUCUUCGUUGCCAUUGCGACAUGGUUCAUACUUCCUACAAACUAUCACUAUGAUGCAUAUUAUGCUACCGAGAGCAAGCCAUCUUUCAGUGCACCAAAGCAGAAUGUUUGGGCUGAGUUGACGGAGACUGAGGCUCAAGAUAUCUACGACUUUGUCUAUGCUCAACGGCCUGAGCUCAAUCUAGUACGAAGGCCAAAAUCUGCAUUGGAGAAUUCCAUCUACAUCUUGGAGACACUGAGGCCGAAUAAGUCUGAUGUCGUACCUUAUCUGUUCGAGGAUGGUGAUGCUCCGCAGAGGUGGGCGAAAGCAGUGCUUGCUCUCAAUGUCGACGACACACCUUCUCUGGUAUAUCAUGCAGUUGGACCUCUACCUAUCUCGAAAGAAUCACAGAUCCUCCCAUUGACGUAUCCCUUCAACUCGGGCCGGAAUGAUGUCAAAAGCGAGAUCAAGGACUACCAGGCUAUCAUCGAAUUUGGCGACGCUCUUGGUCAAAGCAUCUCGGAUAUUACCCAGGAACUUCUUGGAGCUGCUACCGACCCAGAUAGCAAGGAUGGACUGCUGUGCCUUCCAAGACCUAGCCGAGUGGCAACUGGUGGACUUGUUCUGUGGUUUCAGUUCUUCAGACCUGGCCUUGGCUCUGGUGGAAGAACCCUCUUACCGCAAGGUGUCUAUGUCAAGGUCAAUGCCACUAGUCUUGACCAGGACGAUUGGACUGCCGGCCCUUAUUUCUACAAUGGCGUUAUCUACGACGACGUUGAAGACUUCCGCGCCGCAAUCAAGCACGCGAACUUCAAGAAGACUCCACCAAAUCUUGAUGGUUCGUGGACAGAUACCGAAGACUUUGAUGCCAAAACAGAGGGCCGCGAACUACCACCUCCGAUCUCAGUUCAACCAUAUGGACCCAGGUACAAGCUUGACAAAAACGAGCGGUUCGUAUCUUGGUUUGGCUUCGAGUUCUACAUUACGACAGCUCAAGCGACUGGUCUCACUCUUUACGACAUUCGUUUCAAGGGAGAACGUGUGAUCUACGAGCUUGGUCUACAAGAAGCAAUGGCUCACUAUGCUGGUGAUGAUCCGAUGGCAGGUGGUCAAGAAUUCCUUGAUACAUUCUUCGGUAUGGGCAAGAACAUGUAUGAGCUGCUUCCAGGCUAUGACUGUCCCGCGUAUGCCGACUAUAUGGAUACGCACUACCAUAUGGCUCAUGAGACUCACGAGCUUCCUAACAGCAUCUGCGUGUUCGAAUACACUGCUGAUCACUUGCUGUCUCGUCAUACAGCAGAGUUCUCGGUGACUGCUUCAAGGAAUACCUAUCUUAUCGUCCGCUCUACCUCCACGGUUGGCAACUACGACUACGCCAUCGACUACAUUUUCUACAUGGACGGCGCUGUCGAAGUCAAAGUGCGUGCAUCAGGUUACAUCUUCGCUGCCUUCUACCGCUCCAACAAGACCGAAGGCGAAGACGAGUAUGGCCAUCGCAUUGGUGAAGCUGUAUCCAGCAGCGUCCACGACCACGUCAUCAACUUCAAAGCCGACCUCGACGUAGCAGGUCCAACAAACGAUAUGGUCCGUCUGGCAUUAGAGCCCCUAACCAAAUCGUACAACUGGGACCAGCCAGAAGUCAAAGAGCGCAACACAAUGCAUCUAGUGGAAUACGGCGUCAACCAAGAAACCGGCCUCGACUGGCCCAAAAACAGCGGCGAAUUCUUCAUCGUCUACAACUCCGAAGAACGCAACGCCUGGAGUCAGCGACGAGGCUACAGAAUCACCUCCGGCACAGGCAUGGGCUCAACACCGCACCUCACGAUCGAAAACUCCACCACCCUCGGCGACAGCGCCCGCUGGGCCGAACACGACAUCUGGGUCCUCCGGCAGAAAGACACCGAACCUCGCUCCGCCGAUCCCCUGAACUACCUCGCUCCCAUCGACCCGAUCAUCAACUUCAACGACAUGGCCGAUCAUGAAAGUUUGGAGCAUGGAGCGCCUGAUACGACGUAUGACGGCGAUCUCGUCGUCUACUUCAACCUCGGAUCACAUCAUAUCCCUCACAGUGGAGACAUUCCCAACACGCUCAUGCAUACAAGUGGAAGCAGCGUCAUGUUCAUCCCGCAUAACUUCCACGAUAGGGAUCCAAGUCGGGAGAGUGUGCAGGGUGUGCGAUUGCAGCUUGAUGGGAAGAAGUUUGGUGGUGGGUUUAGAGGACAGGAGGAGGACGAUGAUGCGAGGGUUGAUCUGAGGACGAGGUUGAAUCGUCGUGGUGAGAAGGAUCCGAAGGUGAAUUAUUUUGGGGGAACGUAUGAGGAGGGCGUGAAGGUGCCGUUGGAGGCUUUGGAGCCGGAUUUGGAGAAGGGGUAUAGGACGAAAAGGCAUGAGGUGACGGAUUUGAAUUUCAAUGGAAGUGCGGCGGGGGUGUGGAUGGUUGGUUAG